AUGUUGAAACGAAAAUUGCAAGAUUUAACGGUCUGCUGCUCCUAUCAAGUGGAAUUUCUUCAUCAGAAAGGUUCGUUUCAGUUUGUAUGUCCGUACUUUCAACAAGAUUCUUUAGUAUCAUUAAUACAGUAG